AUGAUAAGGUCACUGUACUGAGACUGUACUGAAUUAUAACUGUAUUGACCUUUGUCACAAUAUGAUUUUGCAGCGAUAUCGAUAAUCAACCGCUAAAUAAACUUCUAGUUGUGUAGUAUAUUACAUACAUAGAUAAGCAAGUAUGAAGGUUAUAGUUGCAGGCUUACCCAAUACUGGUACUGAGGCCGUAGAAGCAGCCUUGAGUUCACUGGGCUACAAUGUUUAUGGCCGUGACGAACAUGUACUUUUACUUGGCAAUGGCUGGGGAAAGAUUUUAAAUGAACACAGCACAAUUGAUGAUGUUCGAGAAAUGUACAAAGAUGUUGAUGCGGUUGCUGAUGUGCCUGCAUGUUACUUUUGGGAAGAGAUUUUAAUGGCUUACCCCGAUUCUAAAAUAAUUUUCACGAAGCACACAGAUGAAAAUGUUUGGGCAGAUGGGAUUGCUGACCUAAUUAAGAAAGGACACAGUGAUUGCGACAAAGAUUUUCUUACGAUGACGUCACCAACAAUGCGUAGAAUAAGUAACAGGGUUGAAAUUCCCAUGGAGCGAUUGGUGUACGGAUUUUCUCCGCCUGGUAUGUUUUCUAAAUUGUAUGUCAACAAAAGUCUUGCCAAGAAAAGAUACAGAGCUCAUAAUGCACAUGUGUUGGAAAAUUCCCCGAAGGAUCAAUUACUAGAAUAUAGAGUAUCGGAUGGCUGGAAACCAUUGUGCGAAUUUCUUGGCGUAGAUGUACCCAAUGUAAGAUUUCCCAGCGUGGAGGAAGGGCAGUCUCUGAUAAAGAAUCGUUUAAAGGAUAAUCCGGUGCUUCUAAGGUCUAAGUUGGAACAAAAAGUUGCGGUUUCUCUCUUUGGUGUUGCAAUGGCGUGUUUGGUAUACAAACUAGCGAAGGACCCGCCAACUGCUCUUCAAAAUGCUUGUGACUGGGUGCAGGAAACAUUCUCUUCCAUGCUCAAAAAAUAAUAAAACCGGAUUGAAACACAUUUAAUUCGAUACAAUUAAGCAGUUGACGGCACUGUACUGCAUUUCAAUUGCAUGUGCAUGUUUAUGGUAUAAUUUGUAUGAAGCACGAGUGUACGAAUCGCUAUAUUAUGGUGUCUAUAACAGUAAAAUGUUAUAUGUCAAUAUUUUAGUUUUAAUUUAAAUCUUCAUACGGAUUAUUUCGUGAAUCGCUUCGUUGUCGAUGGAAAUUCCGAGAUGUUAUCAGCUGUUCAUGUCCUUUCUCUAUGAAGUCUUUCAUAAUUAUAAAUGUUACAAUGAUCAAUUUACUUUAUUUGGUCUUGUGAACUCAUAUAUAUUAUACUAAUAAAAGUGAAAAUAUAUGUCUUAUGGCAAGUACAUAUAUAUAUAUGUAUGUGCAAUUUAAAACGUAUUUCAAAUUUUUCACAAAAUGUGAAGUUCAUUUAAUCAUGGAAACAUUAGUUCUUGAUAUUUUUGAGUUUUGAAUAAUGGCUUUCCAGUGUGGAUUCAAUACGAAUGCGAGGAAAACACGCCAAGACGAUGAAAUCGUGUAGAAAUUGGCUACCACAGCGAUUCCCAAACUUUAGGUUCGUGCGGCGCUAAAUUAUCAGCGACUUACACAAAAAAUAAUUGCUGCCUUCAAAUAUAAUUCAAUUUUGUGAUCGUUAAUGUGUAACUUUAUGUCUUUUAAAGUUUGUAAACAUAUUUCGAUCUGUCUAAUAAGGAAUAAAGGAAAAAGAUCAAGA